CCUCUCCCUCUCCCUCCCUCUCUCUCUCUCUCUCUCUCUCUUAUAAGAACCGUAUUCCAUCUGUCUUGCUCAGUUCGGCGCUCGCGUCCAUCUCGGCUGCUACUACUACUACUACUACUACUACUACUACUACUACUGGAUGUAAAUAGUGGGAUAGUUUGUUGACUCCUCUAGACGCGAUAACAGCACAAAUACAAGGUGGAAGAUAUUAAACAGUAGCUGGCGUUCCUAUAUGGCAGCCCAAUCUCUUCCCGAUCUGUCUACGUGCCCAACAUUUAAACUCCCCCUAAACCUUGUACAGCCACUCAUGCCCUCGCUACGCCUAGCACAUACUGCCCAGGCCCCAAUACCACAGCAACACCACACACACACUCGGGGACUUGCCAGGAACAGCUAGCAGAGGCGGAAAGCUAGGAAUACGACUGCAUCUCUCCCGCCUACGUGACUUGCAGCGACUUGUCCCAGUCACUUACCCUUGGCCUUGUGCACCGCUGUCUCCUGGUCCCUAGUACGCCUUGUCAUCGCCACGCAGCAUCCUACAGGGCCGAAGACGUCACAGGAAACGCCACAUCGCGGCAGGACGCGUAGGAGCGGCACUAAGAGGUGAAAAAUAGCGAUAAGGUGCGGCUGUGUUGCCCGUGUGGGCUCUCUCCUCGUGUGUCAGCGCCGCCUCCUCUGCUUGACUCCCUCACCCCGCCUGUCCGCCCCGCACCUCCCCCGAACUCCUGCUUCGUGUGGCGUGGCGAAGCUUUGUGCUGUGGUGGUGUGGUGCGGAAAAUGAAGCCAGAAGGUGAAGCUAACGGUGUGGUGGUGGAAAGUGUCUGCGUAACCCGGAAGAAUGAGGAAAAUGGAGAAUUGCACAGUGACAUUGGUUAUGAAAGACAGUUAAUAUCAGCUUCUGCGCGAUUCUAUGAAAUGCUAGAAGGGUUGAACGUCCCGGGUGAUUCUGGGAACCCCCCUGUGGCUCCCCCGUGGCUGGACAAAGCGCUAUUCAAUAAAGGAAGGCAGUUUUACCAACGCUACUUCUUCUGCGUUUUCAUGUCAGAUCUGGUGGCGCUGCUGAUGCUCUUCACGGUUAACAGAAUCCUUCGGCCGCUCAUUUACACUGGCAGAUCGGACACGGCGCUGAAGGCACUCCGUCGCUAUGUGUCUACCAUAUCUCAUGUGAUCACCUGGUACAGCGGGGACAUGUGGGAGCCAUCAGACCCCGCGCACAAGGACAUAAUGCAGGUUAGGCAGAUCCACAAGGCUGCUGCUAAGACAUUCAACUCAGCAACUCACAGCGAGAAGGUUGACACAGCGUCCACAUCCGCCUCGCUGUGUGUCUGUCCUUUCAGCACGCCGGUCAUGGAGGACUUGCGCGCCCACCAGGAUGCGGGAGUGGCGUUAGAAACCAAGCCCACGUUGUACAUUAGCCAGUGGGAUCAAAUGUUCACUCAGUAUGGUUUUCUCGGGGUGAUGGUCGCGCACCCUUGGCGAAUGGGUGCCUGGAGGGUUACUGACGAAGAAAUGGCUGGUUUUAUUCAUUUCUGGCGUGGCGCUGGCUGGCUACUGGGAAUUGAAGAUAAAUAUAACUUCUGCAAUGGGACUGUAGAGGAAACUAGGGCCCUCUGCCGCGAAAUGGAGGAGCGCGUGGUGAAACCCUGUCUGUCCCAAGCCGGAAGAGACCAUGAAGUUAUGGGAACAGCAUUAAUAGAUGGUUUGGGCACCGUUCUUCCUUUCUUCUCCUACCCAGCUGUUGUCAGACUCCUCGGGGACGUCCUUGAAGUUCCCAUGCCCUCUGUGACUGCAAGGAUGAACAGGAAGCAGAGAUUUCAUUACGCAUUCUUAAAGGUAGUUUUGCACGGCUUGUUUUUGGUACCCGGGACGAUCUGGGUGUUCAAUGAGAUGCUUAAGAUGGGUUUAAAAGUGGUGCAAGGCAAAUAUUCGUGGUGGAAGCCUAAACAUAAGGUGACGCCAUAUUCAUACUAAGAGAGAGAGAGAGAGAGAGAAUGUGUAAGUUCGUGUAUUCAAGGGUUAAAUAAAUGUGUAAUAAAGAGAUGAAAGAAAAUGUGAGUGAUAAUAAAAGAAAGGAAGAAAAUUGUAAGAAAAAAAGACAAAAGGCAAGAAGGAAAAGUGUUACUACGAAAAGAAGAGAAAAAAAGUAAAAAAAAAUGGAGAAGGAAGAGAAGGAGAAACAAAGAACAAGAGAGAGAGAGAGAGAGAGAGAGAGAGAGAGAGAGAGAGAGAGAGAGAGAGAGAGAGAGAGAGAA